CCCCUGUGGAGUGAUCUGCUGCUCUCUUUUGAUCCCACUAGAAACCUAUCAGUCUUCGCUGUUAGGUAAAAAGGUCCGAAAAUCGUCCCCAGACUAUUCUUGACUAUUUUCGGAUAUCCCCCCUGUAGAGGGACAGGCUCGACUUACGCGCAGAAGCAGGUGGCGGCACAUGCUGCAGACGGCACUCGGGUCCUGCCAGAUGGACUAGCUGCCGAGAUGCUUCGCUGCGCCUUCGGGCCAGCCGGGUCCCAAGCCGCCGAGGAAAUCCCCGACCUGACUCCACAGGCCCAGGGGCAGGUGGUGCCUCCGGCACAGCUGCGAGAGGCCCCCGAGGAGGCGGCUCCGCAUCGCGACGAAAAGCCUGGGCCUGCCGUCCUCGCACAGGGCCUCGAGCAAGGCCUGCCGCAAGGCCUCCCGCGCGCGGCUGCCUGGCAGCGGCAGCUCGGUGGCCGGGUCGCGCGCGACUCGGAAGCACUCGGGCCCUAUGGCUCCCUCGUGCCCGGCGACAUGGGGCCCCAGGUCGCGGGAGCCGUCCAGGCCGCCUCCAGGAGCGGGGCGUAGCUCCCGAGCAGGUCCACCCGGAGCGCCACGCCGUGCGAGCCCCGGACCCGCAGGGCCUGGCAGCACGGCAGCGGCCGGUUCAGCGGCCGGGGCGAGAGCCCGCCCUGCUGAGCUGCUCGAUCCGCAAGUUUGCGCCCGUCGAGGCGGUGGAGGCAAAGCUGGGCAGCUCCCGCAGGCCGAGGUUGCGGGUCCCAAGAAUAUGCACCACCACCACGUCGAUUCCUCC